ACGCAACCGCCUUCAGCCUUCUCCCAUCCCACGGACGAGCGCCACACGGCACCCCACUGCGAGGCAAUCGCCAACCCGCACUGCACCACUCGCGCCUCGCGAUCACCGCUCCGAACUGGAAAUCAAAUGGCGCCGUCGCCGCUGUGUUCCGCUUCCCCACGGCCGCUUCGAGCCCCAGGCCAGCCUCCCCGAGACGUCCGCUCGCCGCGGACGGUCGUCGUGGCCGCGGGCACCCGUGUGAGCGGAGCGGAGGCCCGCGCGUCGCUGGUGCUGGCCUUGGCCUCGCAUGCGCUCUCCGCCUCGCAGCGCCGCUUCGCCGAGCUCGCCGAUGAGGCCGCCAAGUACGCCUUCCCGUCUGGCCGCUUCGAGCCCCGCACCCUCGAGGAGGCCCUCAUGUCCGUGCCUGAUCUCGAGACAGUUCCGUUUCGCGUACUGAAGCGCGAGGCAGAGUACGAGAUCAGAGAAGUGGAGUCAUACUUCGUUGCUGAAACGACGAUGCCCGGAAGAUCUGGGUUCGAUUUCAACGGGUCAUCUCAGUCGUUCAACGUGCUGGCAUCAUAUUUAUUCGGUAAGAAUACUGCCUCUGAGCAAAUGGAAAUGACAACACCUGUUUUUACUCGGAAGGGUGAGUCAAACGGCCAAUCAAUGGACAUGACGACCCCAGUGAUAACAAAAAAGUCAGCUGGUACAAAUAAAUGGAAAAUGUCAUUUGUGAUGCCAGCGAAGUAUGGUUCCAAUUUGCCUCGCCCAAAAGAUCCUUCUGUGAUUAUCAAGGAGGUGCCCAGCAAAAUAGUUGCCGUUGCAGCCUUUUCAGGUUUGGUUACUGAUGAUGAUAUAAACCAGAGGGAGUCUAAAUUGCGCGAAUCUCUCCGUAAAGAUACCACAUUUAGAGUGAAAGAUGAUUCGGUGGUGGAAGUCGCACAGUACAAUCCACCGUUCACACUUCCAUUCACAAGGAGAAAUGAAAUAGCAUUGGAGGUUGAGAGGAACGAUAUAGCCUUAUGAUGUCCUAGAUUAACAAAUAAAUUAUUGGCAUUUGAGAGUGUAUGCAAAUGCCCAUCGUCCCUAAUGCAUAUAUGUAUAAUUUCUAUCUGGCAUGUUCUGUAUAUAUGUAGACAUGUUAAUUAUCGCAUGCAUAUAUUAUUGUAUUGGAAACUAAAUAAUAAGAGCAAAAAAUGUUGUGCGUUCGAGCC